AAAUCUAAAAACUAAAACCCCCAAAUUCAAUUGAUGGAUCUGCGACAUUCGUUGGAGUGAAGACGGCUCCAGAAGAACAAAACUAAAACCCUAGUUCCUCCGUCCGACGCGCCACUUCAAUCACUACAACUUCCACCGCCGCGAACCAUAGGUAUAUUCGAAACCGGAGUAUACGUAUAUCUACACGUAUAUGGCUUAUUUACACUACGGUAAAAGUAUCCUUCGCCAGAGCUUAGGGGGAGGGCUGCAACACCCACUGUUAUACGCUGCCCAGGGAGUUCGAUAUAGAAAGCUUGAAGUAAUUCUCACAACGACUAUAGAUAAGCUUGGAAAAGCUGGUGAAACAGUCAAGGUGGCACCAGGUUAUUUUCGAAACCAUUUGAUGCCGAAGUUGCUUGCUGUCCCAAACAUUGAUAAGUUCGCACAUCUCAUUAGUGAGCAGCGCAAGAUGUACCAGCCUAAGGACGUUGAAGAGGUUAAAGAAGUUUCAAAGACAGAGGAAGACCGGAUAAAAGAAUAUCAGUCAGCAGCGAAUCGCCUUGAUAGUGCAAGGCUGAAUCUAAGAAGAUUCAUCAUAGAGGGAAAGGGUAAUGAAGUGCGUGAUCCAGUGACAAAAGAAGAAAUUUUGGCUGAGGUGGCUAGGCAGCUUCAAGUGCACAUUGAACCAGAAAAUUUGCAAUUGCCAGCUCCUUUGUCUUCUUUAGGAGAGUAUGAGUUGCCACUCCGCCUACCAAAGUCCAUUCCGAAGCCGCAAGGUAAAGUUCAAUGGACUCUUAGCGUCAAAAUUAGGAAGCGGUGAAUGGACAUUUUCCAUUGAACGAUUUACUCUUUUUUUUUUUAAAGAACUCUAGGAAGAAUAAUUAUAGCAGAGAAGUUAGAUGAGUUGGGUUUGAACAUAUUGAUCAUGCGAACUUCAUCUUAAUUUUGUAUCUUUGACCAUUGAAUUUUCUGUCUCGUUUAUUUAAAGAAAGUAUUGAAAUUGUUGCAGUA